AUGUAUCUUGCUAAUGCUACAAGACCUGAUAUAGCAUUCUUUGUUAAUUUUCUAGCAAGAUAUAGCUCUUCUCCUACACAGAGACAUUGGAACGGAAUUAAGCAUAUACUGCGAUAUCUAAAGGGUACUAUUGAUAUGGAUGCAGGUUAUUUAUCUGAUCUACAUAAAGCUCGAUCUGAGACAGGCUAUUUGUUUACAUGCGGAGAACAAGUUGGAGAGGAUAAUAUUCCUAAUACUGAAGAACAGAGAAAUAAUAUUCAUGAGGCUGAAAACAAUGUCUUAUCAAAUGGGAAGUACAAACUAAGGAGAAAUAGAGGUAGGAAAAGAACAAAAGAGAUUAAUGAAGGAGAGCAUCAGAGCAGCGCUAAUAAGGCUGUUAGGCGAAAGGAUCACACUGAAUGGAUUAUGGACCUUCAUGCCAAAUUCAUGUAUGCUGUGCAACAACUUGGUGAAGGACGAUGUUUUCCAACCGAGAUUCUUCGAGUGAUGAAUGUGCCUGGUCUUACCAGGGGGCAAGUUGGAAGCCAUCUUCAGGUCAGGGAUCCUCAAGUGGUUCUAAACAAAGAAGUAGCCUUGCAAAUUUUGGGACAAGAAGAGAGUUUAACUCAGCAGCAGGUCUAUCGCCCACAACAUCAAGUUAAUUCCCAAUAUAUCAGCAUUGACAACCCAUUCAAUAACCCAUUUUUAUUGGCCAAAAAUAAUAAUGCUGAUUGGCUACAACAACAACAUGGACCAUUAUUUGAAAUGCUAGGAUCACAAGGAUUACGAAGCCCAAUUAGUGGGAACACUUAUCAUACACCUGAGUUGGAAUUUAACGGUGGGUAUCAUCAUGCUCAAAAUUACUAUGAUUUGAAUGUCAAUGCGGCCAAUGAAGCAACAUAUUCAGGUAGCGCAAUGAUGUCCGGUACAAAUAUUGAAAAUACGACAAUUAAUGAAUUGGGAGCAGCAAAUGCAAAUUUCCAUGAAUAUCUUGGUGAACCAAACAUGUCUGAACCCAACAAUAUUAUCGCGACAUCACAUGCGAGUGAUAAUGAAGGACGUGAUUCAAAUGACAGAGAAAAUUAUGAUGUGUAUCUGGAUUUUAAUAAUAUGGAUUAUCUCUUCUAG